GCUGCGCGAGGAUAAUCCACCUAAGGAGCUUAUCUCAGAAAACAGAGAACAAAAAUGGCGGUACCAGGGAGGCCCAAUGGUCUGAUGGAAGAUGAGGAUCACGAGGACGAGAACGCUCUUUUCGAAGAUGACGGUCUGAACGUGGACUAUGAAUCUGACACGCCUCCUCACCUCCGCGAACUCGCCGCCGCUAGCCAGAUCGGCGACGCUGACGCCCUACGUGUUGCCAUAGAUAACUUGAAUGGCAGCAUUAACGAGCCUGUAGAAGAUGGGGACACAGCUCUCCAUCUUGCCUGUCUAUAUGGCCAUCUGCCCUGUGUUCAGCUACUUUUGGAGAGAGGGGCAAAUUUGGAGGCCAAGGAUGAAGAUGGUGCAGUUCCUCUUCAUGAUGCCUGUGCAGGAGGAUUUACUGAGAUAGUACAACUUCUACUUAACAGUGCUAAUGAUACCGAAUGUGUGAAAAGGAUGCUAGAAUCAGUUGAUACAGAGGGUGAUACCCCUCUUCAUCAUGCAGCAAGAGGUGAGCAUGUGGAUAUUGUAAGAUUGUUGCUGGCUUCAGGAGCCUCACCCACAAAGACAAAUAUAUCUGGAAAGACUCCAAGUGAGCUGGCUGACCCAGACACAGAAGCUAGGAGAGUUUUGGAGGCAGCUGCUAGUGCCCAGACCUGCUAAUGAAAUUUAGUAGAUGCUUCUCUAAAAUUGCCUUGACUUAAUCUCCUUUUGGGGAGUUGGUGUGUUGUUUCAUGCUAUACUGCCUUAGGUAGGCCACAAUAAACAAUUUUGAGGUUCGUUGGAAAUUCCUCUUCACAGCUGAAGUUAGAAGAUUGAAGAGGGUGUUGGUAGAAUAGCAUUCAGUUCUGUUUUCGUUAUUUCAUAUAGAAGCCACAGAGCUUAGCUUAAUGCAGUUUUUAAGCAAUUGGUAUCUGUUCCAUCACAUAUUGAUAACAAAGUGAUUUUCUUUUUUGGGAUGAUUAUGAAAGUAUUAAAAUUGAAAAGGAAUGAAAUUGUGGAAGAGUC